AUGCAUAUCCAAAUUUAUAUAGAAGCAUUGGAAGCAGUGAAUACAGAGUGGAAACAAUUCAUCCAGCAAAUCUCAGUAUCAACCAAGAGGAAAGAAGAAGACCGAUACCUUCAAAUGAACGACGAUGGAACAGGUAUUAUUGAUUUAAUUUUCCAAGCAAAACAAACGGUAGUUAGCUUAAAAAUGUAUCAAAGCGACUCGGAAUUCAUAUUGCAACGCUUGAACGUAAGGGAAGAAACAGUUCAAUCCAAAGAAUCCACAAAAGCGGUUAAAUACCCUGCAGGGUUACGAUGUAACUCCGGAGAACUACAGCAUCAUAAGAAAUGUUCUCGUCGAAAGAUUCGGGCAGCCUCACGCAUCAAAAGCGCUCUAUUCAAUGAAUUGUACUCCAUCAAAAGGAACCACAAAGAAUGGAAAGUAACACUUAAGGCCUUGGAGCGAACACUCCGACAAUUGGAGGCUAUCGAACAGAUUUACAAAAAGAGGAGGCAGGAAUCGUGGUCCGUUACCAAACUGCGAAAUUUCCUCACGGAGUUUACAUCAGUAAACGAAGAAGUAGCACAAAGCCAAUCCCUGUAUUAUAGAGGGAAUGAGAAGAACCAAUUUUCAACAAAAGAAACGCCAAGACCACGAUACAAUCCCAGUGAGACUUCAGCCUUAACAACCGCCAUUACCGAGAAAUCCACCACAACCAGAACUGAAAUAGGAGUAGAAAUCGGAAGAGAUCGUACAAUGUUGCUCGAAGCGAAUAUCAUGGACUAUCCAACAAACAAACUACAAGUAGCCAACUUAUAUGAAAGCGAUAUACGAUCCCUCAAAGGAAGCCCAACAAUUAAUCCACAGUGA